UAUUUUCAAUUUUUGAACACGAAAUAUAGGUAUCUGCGAUUAUUCCUAUACUAGUCUAUUUGCGAACCAAGAAACUAUGAGCUAUAGAUUUUUUCCACGGAAAUUCAAAAUUUUACUGAGCACAUGAACCAUAUUUAGGAAUGUUUAAAAAUUCGGGACUCCUGUUUUUCGGCUCACCGCUUCUACUAGCAGGUUAGGAUCCCUGUGGGAUGUGUUAACACAGGUGUACCGCAAAAAGAUGUCCUCCUGUGCCGAGAGUCUGUCCAAAUCUUCUAUCGACCAGAAAGGCGAAGAGAUUGUCGAUCAAACUUACGUAUGGGAGCUGUUGCAGAUAUCAGACUCGGCGUUCCCUACUGGCGGUUUCUCGCACAGCCUUGGUCUAGAAGCUGCAGCCAAAAAUGGCCAUGUGAGCAGUUUAGAAUCUUUCAAGACCUUUAUCAAGUCUGCCUUGCAGAAUACAGCAUCAUUUAGUCUACCGUACCUCAGUGAUGCAUACCAUCACUUCAAUGAUCUUAGUCACAUCACAUGUCUAGACCAGAGGCUUCAUGCUUUCAUGUCUAACCAUGUGACAAAAAGAGCUAGUAUACGUCAGGGUACAUCAUUAUUACACACUUCUUGUGUAGCAUUCAGAAAGGUUGAGUUUAAUCUAUUGAAGGAAAAGCUUGAUAGUGAGACUUUUCAUGGCCACUAUGCUGUUGUCACUGGUGUGGUAUGUGCUGUGCUGAAGAUGUCUCUGGCUGCAGUGCAAAAGAUGUUCAUGUUUUGUACCCUGAGGUCCAUACUCUCAUGUGCUGUCAGACUGGGUCACAUUGGGCCAUUAGAGGCACAAAGCUUGCACUAUAAUUUGAGAGAAAUAGCAGAGACUUUUAGACAAGAGUAUGCUGAUACACCGGUUGCUAUGGCAACUACCACAGCACCUCAUUUGGACAUCAUACAGGGGACACAUGACCAGCUGUUUUCAAAACUGUUCUAUUCGUGAUAUCCAAUUUUAUUAUCUAUCGAAUAUAAUGUUAUUAUUUUUAAAUAUAUAUGUAUAUAAAAAAACAGUUUUAAUAAAAUACUUUUGGUUUAAAUAUUCACCUUAUAUCGAAAUCUCCCCCCCCCCCCCUCCCAUAUAUAUGAAGAUAAUAUAUAGAUUUAGGCACUGCCUAAAAGCGGAGCCAGCAUUUAACACCUUUUUGUGUUGACUGAUAGGGGAAGUUUUAGAGGGGAUCUUGGUGUCUCUAGAAUGUUUUAUUUAAUGAGAUUAAAAAUAUGUCAAAUUUUA